AUGGCUGGUGGCCGUCCCUUCCCCUCCGUCCCUUCCCCUCCGCUUGGACGAGAGAAAAGACAAAGGAAUCGGUGCCCUCAGACUAGGCCACUGCCUGGCCAUACUGAAAUCCGUGCAUUUAACUGGGGAGCAAAGGACGCCCUAUGCCUGUCAGUCAACGUUCUCAGGGCAGGGCCUCUCUGCCCUCGGGCAGACCGACCUCAGGUUGACAACAGAAACAAGAAACAAUCCACCAGGCGGCUGCCUUUGCCCCGAAAGCCUUUGCUGGGAAGCACAAAACAUCUGCUGAGAGCAAUCUGUUACACCAGUGCCUUCUUCCUCCUGAUACAAGUGGCUUCUCAAAUGGUUUUUCGUUUCAUGCCUCCUGAUGGUGCAGUUUGGGAAGUGGUUCUUGGGGAUUUGGGGAUUCUAAGAUUCAGCCAGGUGGAUGCUAGGAAUAUUAUACGUCUAUUGGGUCCAGACAUUGGGAUGCUGGUCAUAUCUCUUGUCAUCAUAAAAUUGAGCCAAAAGCUGGUGAUGCCCCUUGUUCCUGAGUCAACUUCACCCUCCCACAGCAACGAGAUGGAAGAGGAGACAGAGGAGGAACGACAGGCAGGAGAUGAAAUCAAUCUGGAUAUUGAUGACAGUAAUUCCGACAGUAGCACAUACUCCGAGGAAAGUGUUUCUGAAGCAAAGAGCAAGGGGAAGAUGACAGAAUUCUUGGGCAAAAUCACUACCAUCACCACCCACUUGAAAACAAUACUGGACACCCUUGUAACAAUAACUGGGAAGGUCCUGGUGACCCUACUCCUGGGCUUGUCAGGAAUCAUCUAUCCUUCACUGACGUCUGCUGUGUACUUUGUCACCUUCCUGGUCAUAUGUUCCUGGUGGUCCUGUCAUCAAGAAGUGGGCACCCUGGCCUUCAGCACCGUGUGUGUCUCCCUGGCCAUCUUUACUGCAGGCCACAUUGGGAGCCUCUAUCUCUAUCAGCUGCCUUACUUCCAAGACUUAGUUCCACCUGAAGACAUUUAUGCCAGGCUACUGGGCAUGACUGCUGUCAUUAAGACCAAUAGGACAGAAUCCUGGAAACUCCAUAGCCACCCAGGGCUCAGCUGGCCUGAGUUUGCAAAUCCUCUCAUUCUGCUUCUAUCCUAUUAUGUGCUAAUCAUGCUAUUACAUCAAUGGAAUCCAAAUCCAAAGAUAAGUGAAUGUAAACAAGAAUGGAUAGAAGACUUUACUCUAGACUCUUCAACAGACUACAAUGAAGUGGAGCUGAACUGUAUCGUGCAGCCCAUUGCCAGUGAGGACAGGACCUUGGGGGCUCCACCAGGGUGCAACAUAAGGACAUUUCUGAAGACAGCGGUGCCUUUGACUGUUCUCCCAAGUGGGAGCUGGCAGGUUGUGCCACUUUUGAAGUGUGAAGAAUAUAAGCUCCCAAGCUGUGGUGUGGAUUCGCCUGCCUUUUGUGAUUCAGAACAUGGAAGCAGCACUUUCCCCAAAGAGACAGAACCUAAGGACAAAGAGCCCAGCAGUUUUUCUGUCCUUGGCCAUCUCAUUAUGAGUCAAAGUUAUGUCACAGCACUGAUCAUUAUGAUGGUCUGGAGCAUCACUCACAACAGCUGGCUGACUUUUGUCCUGUUGAUCUGGUCGUGUAUCAUUUGGAUGGCUCGUAACAGGCGACGCUUGGCCCUACUCAGCUCACCCUUCCUUGUCAUCUAUGCAAAUAUCCUCAUUCUUCUUAACUUUUUUGUGGCUCUCAAAGUUUCCCAGGAAGAAUUAUUUCCAGGAGUUUCCACUUCAGUCCUCAUUGACUUUGAUCUAAAACCUUACCCCCAGCCCUGCUUUCAUAUUGGUGUCAAGUAUAUGACAGAGAGACAGUCACUGGCAAAGGCAAAGGAGGAGACUCUACAGGAAGUGACUGGUGAUGAACAUGGCCGAGAGAAACCAACAAAUACUCUGAUGGAUCUCUUGGGCUCUUUCAUUACUGGAAUCCUGGUUAAAUACUGGAUCUUCCUUUGUGGUAGCAUGUUCUUCAUUGUCAGCUUUGAUGGCAAGGUGGUUGUCUACAAAAUCCUCUACAUCAUGCUUUUUCUUGCCUGUGUGGCCCUGUAUCAGAUUCACUAUGGCUGCUGGAGGCAAAACCUGAAGUAUUUCUGGAUGGCUGUGGUCUUUUACUCCAUGGUGGUUCUUAUCACUGUCUACGGCUACCAGUUUAAAACCAUUUCUGGCUUCUUAAUCCACACACUGGGGCUGUCAGAAGAGGGGUUAAGAGACAUAGGGCUGGAACAGUUUGACACGGUGGAGCUGUUUGCAAAGAUUAUGCUUCCUGCGGCUUUCCUCCUGGCAUGCAUCCUUCAGCUGCACUACUUUAAUGAAGACUUUCUCAAGAUCACCAGCCUGAAUAAUACUCCAAUCAGUUUGGAAGGCACACCUGAUAGUCUGACGCCUGGAAAGAAAAUUGACGAAACUCAGAACUCCACAAAUGAUCUAGACACUGUCACAGUGGAUGAAAAACAGAAGCAGGAGGAAAAUGAGCAGCCAGAACAGAAAGGACCAGCAGAGAAAGAAACAAGAGAUUGCGACUGGAUGAUUGACAAGCUAACUACUGGUUUUCUGAAACUUCUAGAAAUAGUUAAUGGAACUCAAGUGUUACUAUGGAGACUACUGGAAAUACACAUCAUCAAGGUUGUUUCCACUGUGAUCAUCUGGGUUACUCUUCAGGAGGUUUCCUUCAUGAAUUGUCUAUUCUACAUCGUCUGGGUGUUUGCAUUGCCGUAUUCCACAUUGCGCCUGUAUGCAUCACACAUCUGCACGGUUUGGGCUUGUGUAAUGGUCAUCUGCAAAAUGAUGUAUCAGCUGAAGUUCGUCAAACCUCUGACCUACUCUUCAAAUUGUACUGAGGGGCUAUAUCAGAAUGGAACCCUUCCACCUGACAACCUGGAGGAGCUGCAGCAGGCUUCUCUCUUAUAUAUCUCCCCUAUUGAUCCAGCAUAUUGGUUUGGGGGACUAAGAAAAUGUGACGCCCAAGUGUUACCUUGCCUGAAGUUCCCCAUCACUCUGACUUUACAGAAUCAUCUCACCAUCUUGGCACUAAUGGCAACUGAGGCCACUGUAUACAGGCACCAGAAAUUCUACCGGCACUGCAAUCAGCUGAAACAACCCUUGCUGGGCAGCAUUUUUGAUGGUGUCACUAGAAAGCACCUGGAUGAUGGGUUACUGAGCUCAGUCAAAUAUUUCAUCAACUAUGGUUUCUAUAAGUUCGGGCUAGAGAUGUGCUUUGUUGCUGUUCUCAAUGUCACAGGACAGCGCAUGGAUUUUUAUUCCCUGGUCCACAUCUGCUCGUUAAUUUAUUUGCUUUGUCUUCGGAGGAGGAAAGCAAUUGCUGAGGCCUGGCCAAGAUACUGUGGGUUUCUUGCCAGUCUUAUGACCUUUCAGUACUUUCUGUGUGUUGGAAUCCCUCCAGCUUUUUGCAAAGAUUACCCAUGGAGAUCCAUGAGACCAGCAAUCCAUUCAAAUCUCAUUAAAUGGUUGUAUCUCCCAGAUUUUGCCAAGAAACCAGAUGCUUUUUUUUUGCUCUAUGAUUUUUUGCUUCUGCUCUUUGCCUCUCUCCAGUGGCAAGUAUUUGAAGAUGAGAAUAAGGCUUCUGUAAGAAUGGAGGUAGGAGAUAAUGUGGAGAUAAGCCAGGAUUUGAUCCCAGAAGACCUCAGUCAAUUCACUCCGGUACCGAACUUUAUUUACUGCCGGUCCUACCUUGAUACGGCUAAAGUCAUUGUGUUCCGCUAUCACUUCUGGUUUGUACUCUGCCUGGUUUUCCUCACUGGGACAACUCGAAUCAACAUCCUCUGUGCUGGCUACCUAGUAGCCUUUUUCUACUUCAUGCUCCGUGGAAGGGCCCUCCUGUUGAGACCCAUGAAAAUUAUUCUCCAUUGGUGGGACUGCCUGAUUACAUACACUGCUCUAGUGAUUGCCAUGAAGAAUCUUCUAAGUAUUGGAGCUUGCACCUACCUGGAGAGAUUACUGAGUUCCCACUGCUGGUUUGUUCACAGUUUUAGCAUAUACUGCACAAUAGGAGGCUAUAGCUUAUCCAUUCCUGAUGACGAAGGGUGUGAACCUCCAGAAAAGGAAGCUGGGAUCCUAUGGGAUGCUAUAUGUUUCACCUUCCUGCUAAUCCAGAGGAGAAUCUUUACAAGUUACUAUCAUCUUUAUGUUGUGGCUGAUCUAAAAGCCACUGAGGUCUUAGCAUCCAGAGGAGCUGAGAUGUUUGACUUGAAGUUAAGAAAGUUUUUGGUGCUUCAAGAAGAAGAAGAGGAAAAGUCAAAACUGUUCAUGAUGAAACAAAUGGAGAAAAUCAAAUUGAAACAGAAAAAAAUUGACAGUAUGCAGCAGACUGAUAAGACCUUUGGUAUCUCAAUGGUUAAAGACGGCCAUUCUCCCAAGCAAGAAGCAAGACAAACACAAGAAAUCCUAAUGCAGAGAAUAAUCAGUAUGGUCAAAUUUUCAUGGGUCUUUGGGAAGGUGCUGCUGGAGGGCACCAUAGCAGCAGUGCACUCCCUGUACAAAGAAAAUUGGGAAAUAACCACCGUGUUGAGGAUGGAGCGGUGUAUGCUACUGAGAAGGCUCAGUAAGGGGGAAAAGGCCACCAAAGAGAACAUUUUGAGAUACUACCAUUUAAAACUUCAGGAGAAACAGAAAACCAUACCUGUCAAAAUAAAGGAAAGGGAGCCAGGAGCAGAAGAUCAGGGGUUACCUGAUGCUGGGUUACCUGAACACCAUAAAGACAAUGUACAUUUACCAGAUGAGUCUGAAGAGGAGAUAAUUCCUUCAGGGGAUCAAUGUAGAGAUAAAGAUACCUUAAGUCAGCAAUCACCCAGAGAGGGGUUUCAGUUACAGGCUGGAUCCGGGAACGACCUUGCCAAGAAUGACCUUGAGGACCUGCCAUCAUCAGUGGGGCAACCCCCAACUGGAGAAGACUCACAGUCACUUGAGGAGACCCCAGCAUGCAGGGAACUCUCAGAGAUGGGUGAUAACUAUGCAAGUGAUGAUGAGGACAGCCUGGGUGAGGAAGAUGAGGGUGAGCCAGUCUCAGGACUUGUCUGUCAAGAAGCCAGACCUCCCUACAGCAGCUCAAUGCAAGCUCGACAAAGAAGCUCCUUAUCAGAAGCCAAAGACUUGGUUACUACUUCAGUGGGACAGAGGAAGAAAAGAGUCAAGAAAUCAAUAAGAAAAACUCCCUUCCCAUUGUUGACAGCUGGAGAUCUACUCCUUAAAAGGGUGUUUUAUGACCACGAGCUGGAGGAGGCAGAUACAUUCUACAGGAGCCUCCCCCAAAUGGUGAGGCUCACUUUGGAGCUGUACAAGCUGAUUGAGUCCAAGUCUGAAAUGCUCUGUUACUUCGUGAUCAUCCUAAACCACAUGAUUUCAGCUUCCAUUCUGACACUGGUGCUCCCCAUUCUGUGCUUCUUGUGGGCUAUGCUUUCUGUUCCAAGACCUCCUAAACGUUUCUGGAUGGCUGCUAUCUUUUACACAGAGGCAACAGUAGUGGUCAAAUAUUUUUCACAGUUUGGAUUCUUUCCCUGGACCACAAAGCUCUAUGCAGGCAUACAUGGAGAGAAGCCAUUUUCUCUGCCAAAUAUAGCUGGAAUUGAAAAGAAGAGUGGCUAUGUCCACUAUGACCUUGUGCAACUGUUGGCUUUGUUCUAUCAUAGGUCAGUCUUGAAGAGCCUAGGACUAUGGGAUGAGCCGUCUUCUGGCCAGGCUAACUGCAAAGAAAAGAAAAAGAUUAGGAAGUCCAAGAAUCAACGACACAGCAGCAGAAAGCCAGGGAACCUCCCCCAGGGCUGGCAAGCAGAGCUUCAUCCUCCUCCUCAGCCUGCCCCCUCCCUGUGGGCUUUCUGGAGAAAGAGACAAACACCUUUGGGUACAGGAGAAUUCCAGGACAGAAGAGCCAGGAAGAUAAGGAGCUGGUUCAGGAAAUUUCCAGUCAAUGGAAGGCUGCUCACUGCAAGAAUGCUAAAGAAACAGCUGGUGAAAUCCAGAAAGUUGGCGACUCAAAUUGCCCUCCAGAUCUAUUGGUCUAUCAGACAGUUCUUCUACAACAUCGUCCACCCAGAAUUCAGCCCUGUGUGUGAUGUCUAUGCCUUCAUGUUCCUGGUUGAGGGCAUCAACUUUCUCAUCAUCAUCUUUGGAUACUGGGCCUUUGGAAAAUACUCAGCUGCUGACUUUUCUGAGACGUUUUCUGAGGAUCAGGUACCAGAAGCUUUUUUGGCAAUGAUCCUCAUACAAUUUGGCAGCAUGAUUGUGGACCGGGCCAUCUACCUGAGAAAAACCGUGAUUGGCAAGUGCAUAUUUCAGGUUGUCCUUGUCAUCGGAGUUCACUUCUGGCUGUUCUUCAUUCUUCCUGAAGUAACCAAGAGGAGGUUCAGUGCAAACUAUGUGGCUCAGAUUUGGUACCUGGUCAAAUGUAUUUACUUUGGCUUGUCAGCUUAUCAAAUCAAAUGUGGCUACCCAAGUCGUAUCCUGGGCAACUUUCUGACCAAAAACUUCAAUUUUCUUAACCUCUUCCUAUUUCAAGGUUUUCGAAUUGUGCCUUUCCUUUUGGAGUUGAGAGCGGUUAUGGACUGGAUAUGGACUGACACUGCCCUCAGCCUGUCUAGUUGGAUCUGCCUGGAGGACCUAUAUGCCAGUGUUUUCAUCAUGAAAUGCUGGAAGGAAUCUGAAAAGAAAUACCCCCAUCUACCAGGGCAGCAGCAGAAGAAGAUUGUGAAAUAUGGACAGGGAGGUGUUAUUACUUUGGCCCUGGUUUUCCUCAUGUGGUUCCCACUGGUUUUCAUGUCUCUGCUGAAGUCAGUGGGGGGAGUGACCAACCAGCCCCUGGAUGUCUCCAUCAAAAUUUCCAUCAGUGGUUAUGAGACCCUUUUUACCAUGAGUUCUCAGCAGCAAAAUCUUAUCCCGUUCUCUCAGAAAGCAUUUGACAACCUGACAGCUCAGUAUGCUUUCCAUCCGGCUGCCAUGCAGUUCAUAUCGAACUAUCAUGCAGAGGAUAUCACUGUGGCGAAGAUCAAAAGUCAUGCCAGCCUCCUCUGGAACAUCAGCCCUGCCAACCGGGCAGCCAUGAUCACCGAGCUCUCCACUGCCACGGCUGUCUAUGUCACCUUGAUGUGGACCAUUCAGAGAACUCUUCCUGGUCUGAUCCCCAAAGCUCUGAGGACAACAGCUGGAACAGAAGCUAAGAUUGCUCACCGGUUGGAAGUUGUCCAUUCUGAAAAACCCCAGGACAUCGACAAGCUGGCUUUCUACCGAAACAUCACCAUCCGGCUGCAGCAGCUGGAGGCCAAUGCCUCAUCCUCAGGCUCCAGGACCACUGAGUGGUGGGUUAUCCAAGAGUGGAGACCCAGCUGUGCAAAGAACCGAGGCUGUAGUCGGGACCUUGAGAUUAUUAUCUACAAUGACAAAGUCAGCCCCCAGAGCCUGGGCUUCCUUGCAGGAUAUGGUAUUGUUGGGCUGUACGUCUCUGUUGUCAUGGUUAUUGCUAAAUUCAUCCGGGAACACUUCAAUGGCAUCUCCCGAUCCAUCAUGUAUGAGGAGCUCCCCAACGUGGACCGCAUCCUCAAGCUUUGCACUGACAUUUUCCUGGUCAGGGAAAUGGGUGACCUUGAGCAGGAGGAGCAGCUCUUCUCCAAGCUCAUCUUUCUGUAUCGUUCCCCAGAGACCAUGAUCAAGUGGACCCGAGAGGCCCAGCCCCCUCCCCAGCAGCCUGUGGAUCAAUGAUUUGGGUCCUGGCAAUCAUGCAAGACCACAUGCAGAUACCCUCCCCCACACUCACCUGCAUUCCUUGCUAAAGCCUAGCUCUCAGUGCACAAAGAACAAAUCCCUCAUCGCUGAUCACCCAGCAGUCUGCCUAGCCCUGUGGCCCUGCCCUGCUGGCAGGUAGCCUCGGCCAAAGCUGAAGCAAGGAAAGCGCUCCUCUGAUGCUGUAACUGUUACUAACAUGGGCAGCAGGCGAAGGUGACAUGUAGGAGCAUUUUGUCUUUCAAUGGUUUUUGUUACUAGAGGAAAGUCUGGCUAUUGCUGCAUGUGCCAGUGGAUGGCCCGGGACAGUCUGACAGACCGCACAGCCUGAGUGACUGGCAGCAAUCACUCCUCUCUUGGGACACAGACUUGCAGGUCCCCACUCUUGGGCAUGGCGGCUAAUCAGGUGGUCUUGAAAUCUUUCCUACUGUUAUUUAACUCCUCAUGUGGGUGCUAGCUCAAUUAGACUGUAAGCUCUAUGAGGGGCAGGAAGUUUUUUUAAACUACAUUAUAGUACAACUGAGAAACCAGUUGUUCAAUAAAUUGUGUUGAUGAACAAAGGAAGAGUCACUUUUCUCUCUCAUAAAAGGGAAACACCAAGAGUUUCAGAAGGGACAUACUCUGCGCAGUGACCAUACCCCUUGUCUACAAGAUACACAUAAGAAGA